CAAAUUCCUCCCUAUCGUUACGCACUUAAAAUCACAAUUUCGCUCUCUGGAACUUCCCGUGAUUGAAGAUGAAAUCCAUCAAGGUUGAAGAUGAAUAUCAAGCCACCACUCAUUAUUGCUACAAUGACAAGGUAGAUAUGGUGACAAAAGGUGGGAGUUCUAUUCCAAGUAGUGGCCAAAUCAAGAAAAGUGUGAGAUUUGAUGAAGGGUGCAAUCAGGUGAUAUUUUUCACACCUACUGAAGAUGAAACUCGCCAUACUAAACCGCCACCUUCAACUCGCCAUACUAAACCACCAAUGCAGCAGAAGAAGAAGGCGGUGGGCGGCUGCGCGUGUGGCACACUCACCCAUAGCAGCUCAUUGAAGUGUCGCCUCCACCGCAACAGAUGGGCGUCGACGCCACUGAAGAUAACGAGCCGCCGCCCUGGGAGCGUUGAUGAUAGCCAGAUAUCACAGUUUACAAGAUUCGGAAGGGCCAUUCUCAAGUCUCUUCAAUUUUAAAAAUUUCUCUGCUAAUUUUACUUUGUAGUCCAUAGCCAGUGUUAAGUUUAUGGUUUCAUAGUUUAGGGUAGGGGUGGGAUCGGGAUGAUCCCGAUCCCGAUUGCCAAAAUCCCGAUCCCGUCCCGAUACUGAUCCUGAUUCAAAAUACAAGAGGUUCCUGUAUCUCAUCCCGAUUAAGUCGGAAUCCCGACAUUAAAAUCCCGAUUAAGUCGGGUUCCCGAUCGGGAAUCCCGCUUAAUCCCGAC